AUGGUACAAUCAGAAGAGGACAAUUUAGACUCUUCGGAAACAACAGCAUCCAUAUCAUAUAUUAGUACUUCAUCUGCAUCAUCAAGAGCACAUCCAAGGACAUCAUUAUUUUUGGAGAAUCUUCAUGACGCAAAUGACGAUUUUAAUGCAGAACAAAUGGCGAUGGCUACUGUUUCUUAUGAAAAUACAAGUAGAGGUGAAGGCUUUACUGUAUACAUUAACAAUGAAAGAUACUCGCGAAUCAUGAGUGCAUCUACAAGCUCUAGCUCCAGCAUUAAAUCAUCUCCAAUUGCACAAUUCCGCACUAUCCAAGAUCAUAAUGUACCAACGAACACAGUGGAUCCAGUUUGGCUUCGACGAGUUAAUGAGGAGUCUUCACCCACAAGAAAUGCAACACCCUCACAAACUGUGACAGUACGACCGGAAAGGGCCCUGAAUUCACCUUCUUCACAAAGGUUAAGUUGCGCAUUGACAAUAUCAACUUCAGUACUAAUGGGAGAAGAUAUUGAGGAGAGUCCCUUAGAGCGAGAAUCUAACAGGGCCGUAUCUUCAAUAUAUUCUUCUUUGGUAAUUCGCGGGAACGAUGAGCCAAAGAGUGGAACGCCCCGGCGCCCUACUCCAACUUUUCAACCUAAUGAAACAAUGGAAAAUUCAUUUCUUUCUUACCAAUACGACGAAACUUUGGAACCUAGUGUUGCAGAAGCAGUAAAACUAACGAAAAAUAGGAAUCCCGAUGUCAAUUACAUUAGUUCACGCAGUGGAGAAGGCCAAAAUGAAAACCAAAGUCAAUACGAACUCACAGACGAAUCAAAGUUCAUACCGCAUAAAUUCAAAAUUCCAGAGAAGACGGCAUCCAUAGUGUCAUCAGCAAGUGAUGAGUUUAAUUCGCCAGGUGCUCCGAACACAGCAACAAGAGCGAUGAAAAUUCCUCAGAGUCCAUCACUAAUAGGAAAUUUACUGAUUCCGUUACAUAACAGUGACAGCAGUAACGGGAGUUCCCCCAGUGAUUGUAGAGGCCCCAGUCGUGAAAAUAUAUUCCGUUCCAAGUCAACGUACAACACUUCUUCAUCCUUAGAGGAAGAAGGCCCUCCCAUUGGAGUACCAUCAAUUCCUGUCUUAAGAAGUGUGUCGGGACCAAGCAGAUGGGGGAAGACGCCUCUACGUGUAGAUUCCGGAAGAUCGACGAAAUCUGAACCGUUUUCACCGUAUGGAGGACCUAAGACGCCAUCACCAUUAAGCAAAGUAAACAACAAACGUAAAGGAGCCUCGGAACACGAACAUUUUAUUGUAUUAGCUCCUAUUAAAUCGCAAAGCACACAGCAAUUAGUUGAUGAGAAACCGAUAAUAGAAAUACCAGGCCGAAGUGUACGACGAGAAAUCCAAGAGAAAACUGACACUACAAAGCGAGAUGGCGGCGGUGUUGAGGAUAUGGAUCUGGAAGCAAGAAUGCCGAUCCAGCAUAUCGACACCGCAUCUAUACAUUCUUUUGAUUCAGGGCAGAGUGGAUUCAAAGACGUUUAUAGCGUUGGGAGCAUCGUUAUGGUCAUCAUAUGUUGCAUCGUGGUACCGCCCUUGUUUUUCAUUAUUGGAUGUGGCCCCAGAAGCAAAAUGGUUUCAGAUUAUAGGUUGAUGAGACUGAUCAUGAAUAAGGAACACCGGGUGGCGUUGCUACAAGGAUUCAUUUGGGACGUUGAUUUGCGAUGGUUCCGAACACUAUGCCUAAUCCUAGGGGCUGCUGAAACCAUGAUGGUGAUGGCAGGUAUUGCCAUUGGCUUCGGUGUAGGUAUCACACAAGAAUGA